GGAGUCCCCGACCAGGCCGGCGCCGCUUCCGGGCCAACAUGGCGGCCGCGUGGCUGCUGCUGCGUGCCCUCCGGCAGGGCCAGGGUCCGGGUCCCGGGCGGCUGUGCGGCCCUUGCUUGGGCUGGGGCCCGAGUCUCCACGUCGGGUUCGGGAGGAGGUGGCCGUACUUCGUCUACAGGACUCCGAUGGGUGUCGCCGAGGCUGGAGGCCGAGUCCUGCAGGUGGCACUUACUAUUUCAACACCUCAAGGAAGAAGCAGAAGACUAAGGACCAUGAUAAAUCCAAGGGGAGGACCCCUGAAGAUGAUGAAGAGACGCUUUCAUCAGCACCUGUCUCGUGUCCUCUUCAGAAUGCCUAAAGAGGAGAGGAAGCGCAAGGAGCGAGAGGACCAGAUGUACCGUGAGAGGCUGCGCACAUUGUUCAUCAUCGCUGUUGUCAUGAGCCUGCUGAAUGCAUUUAGCAGCAGUGGGGGCAACAUUUCCUGGAAUGACUUUGUCAACGAGAUGCUGGCCAAAGGCGAGGUGCAGCGGGUCCAGGUGGUACCUGAGAGCGACGUGGUGGAAGUGUACCUGCACCCUGGAGCCGUGGUAUUCGGGCGACCUAGGCUGGCUUUGAUGUACCGAAUGCAGGUCGCAAACAUCGACAAAUUUGAAGAGAAGCUUCGAGCGGCUGAAGAUGAGCUGAAUAUCGAAGGCAGGGACAGGAUCCCGGUUUCCUAUAAGCGUACAGGAUUCUUUGGAAAUGCCCUCUACGCCUUGGGAAUGACAGCGGUGGGCUUGGCCAUCCUGUGGUAUGUUUUUCGUUUGACUGGAAUGACAGGAAGGGAAGGAGGAUUCAGUGCUUUUAAUCAGCUUAGAAUGGCUCGUUUCACAAUUGUGGAUGGCAGGACGGGGAAGGGAGUCAGCUUCAAGGAUGUGGCAGGGAUGCAUGAAGCCAAACUGGAGGUCAAAGAGUUUGUGGAUUAUCUGAAGAGCCCAGAGCGCUUCCUUCAACUUGGUGCCAAAGUUCCUAAGGGUGCACUUUUGCUUGGACCUCCUGGCUGUGGAAAGACCCUGCUGGCCAAGGCCGUGGCGACAGAGGCCCAGGUGCCCUUCUUGGCGAUGGCUGGCCCAGAGUUCGUGGAGGUCAUUGGAGGCCUUGGCGCUGCCCGUGUGCGGAGCCUCUUCAAGGAGGCCCGCGCCCGGGCCCCUUGCAUCGUCUACAUUGAUGAGAUUGACGCCGUGGGCAAGAAGCGCUCUACCACCAUGUCUGGCUUCUCCAACACAGAGGAGGAGCAGACCCUCAACCAGCUUCUAGUGGAAAUGGAUGGAAUGGGCACCACUGACCAUGUCAUCGUCCUGGCAUCUACCAACCGAGCUGACAUUUUGGACAAUGCUCUGCUGAGACCAGGCCGACUGGACCGACACGUCUUCAUCGACCUCCCCACACUGCAGGAACGGCGGGAGAUUUUUGAGCAGCACCUGAAGAGCCUGAAGCUGACGCAGGCCAGCAGCUUUUACUCCCAGCGUCUGGCAGAGCUCACGCCGGGGUUCAGCGGUGCUGACAUUGCCAACAUCUGUAAUGAGGCUGCUCUGCACGCUGCACGAGAAGGGCACACAUCUGUUCACACGUUUAACUUUGAGUAUGCUGUGGAGCGUGUCAUUGCAGGGACGGCCAAAAAGAGCAAGAUCCUCUCAAAGGAAGAGCAGAAGGUUGUUGCAUUUCAUGAGUCAGGCCAUGCUUUGGUUGGCUGGCUGCUGGAGCACACUGAGGCUGUGAUGAAGGUCUCCAUUGCACCUCGGACAAACGCUGCACUGGGCUUUGCUCAGAUGCUCCCAAGAGAUCAGUACCUCUUCACCAAGGAGCAGCUGUUUGAGAGGAUGUGCAUGGCCCUCGGUGGUCGCGUGUCGGAGGCCAUCUCCUUCAAUAAGGUCACUACUGGAGCACAGGAUGACCUGAGGAAGGUUACUCGUAUUGCCUACUCCAUGGUGAAGCAGUUUGGGAUGGCAUCGAGCAUUGGGCCCAUCUCCUUCCCUGAGGCUCAGGAGGGCCUUGCAGGCAUUGGUCGGCGCCCCUUCAGCCAGGGCCUCCAACAGAUGAUGGAUCACGAAGCUCAACUGUUGGUGGCUAAGGCCUACAGGCACACUGAGAAGGUGCUGCAGGACAAUCUGGACAAGCUCCAGGCGCUGGCAAAUGCCCUGCUGGAAAAGGAAGUGAUAAACUACGAGGACAUCGAGGCCCUCAUUGGCCCCCCGCCUCACGGGCCCAAGAAGAUGAUUGCGCCUUUGAGCUGGAGAGACGCCGAGAGGGAGAAGCAAGACACUGGGGAGGAGGAGGCGCCUCAGCAGCCGCCACUUCGAGGGGAGGAGCAGUCUUAGCCCAAAUAGCUGGACCUCAUUAAUUAAUGGUGCCCGUGGGGACCCAGGGAGGGUUCUUUACUUAGCUGUCCCUCAAGUUCCUUUUCACUGGAGAUUUGAACCUCAUCGUCCAUCCUGAUCCCUGCUGAAGGCCUUAUGAGAUCUGUUGGUUUCUGUACCUGUGAUUAAUAAAGACUGCAGAGGUGAUUUA